GCUUUCUCCCUAUUUAAACCCCUUGUUUCGCCUGCCUUUCCUUUCUUCUUUUUUAAACUGCUGCUUCCAGCUUCUUCUCUCUCGAAACAAAUUGUUUCCAAGAGGUUUUUACGUUAUCAGAAAUCUAUAUAUAUAUAUAUAAAGCUAAUCGAGAGCCUAUAUUAUAUAUAGUUUGAGAUUAGUAAAAAUAUUUAUGGAAGGAGGUUCAAUAGUGGUUGAUCAACAAGGUGAGCAAGAGCUGCUGAAUUUACCACCAGGAUUCAGAUUUCAUCCCACAGAUGAGGAGAUUAUAACUCAUUAUCUCGCACCCAAGAUUGUCAACCCCCGAUUCAAUGCAACUGCUGUUGGAGAAGUUGAUCUCAAUAAGUCUGAGCCAUGGGAUUUACCAAAGAAAGCAAAGAUGGGAGAGAAGGAAUGGUUCUUCUUCUGCCAAAGAGACCGGAAGUAUCCUACGGGGAUGCGAACAAACAGGGCUACAGAACAAGGAUACUGGAAAGCUACCGGAAAAGACAAGGAGAUCUACCGAAAGGCCAAAAAUCGCGGCGACGGACAGCAGCUGGUGGGGAUGAAAAAAACUCUGGUGUUUUACAGAGGGAGAGCUCCCAAAGGAGAGAAAUCCAACUGGGUGAUGCAUGAAUUUCGAGUGGAAGGAAAAUUAUCUUACCAGAACUUUGCUAAUAAAACAGCUGCAAAGGAUGAAUGGGUUGUGUGCAAGGUUUUUCAUAAGAAUGCGACGACAGCGCCUCUGAUCAACAAGAAAAACUCAAUGGACUCCUUUGUGGAAGGCCUUCUGGACAGUAAUUCUCUGCCACCACUCGUGGAUUCUCCGUACGCUGCCAAUGCAAACAUCAACGCGACUACUGAUACGGUUACCACUAAUCAGUUACAAGAUUCGAAAGGGACAAUAUAUCCGCCUUCGUUUUUUGGAUCCUCCGACCAAAAAUUUACCAACCAAAUGCAACAGCAUGGCUACAUGGCCCCUGCUCCCGGUAUAACUCAAAAUACUCAUUUUUACAGUUAUGAUCAAGUGCCAAACACCAUGUUUUACUCUCAAAAUGUGAAUUUUCCUUACCAAGCAUCUUCUAGUCUCGGUAAUUACUUGCACCAACAGAGGUUCGAUUCUGUGCCUAAUAAACGGCAGUGCAAGGUGGAGCAGUACUCGUCGAAUCUCACUCGUUCUCAAGACACCGGACUCAGCACUGAAUUGACGGCUGAGAUAUCCUCCAAGCAACAAAUGGAUAGAAGCAAACCUACUUAUAAUGAAGAUGCUGAGGGUACUUCAGCUAGCCAUCUUGCAGAUUUUGAUCCUUUCUGGGAUUUUCAAUAAGUUUAGCAUUAUUUGUGCUCCAAAUUAUCUUUAUAUGUUUGUUUAAUUUAUUAAUUGCUUAGGUCUUUCCAUUGUAAUCAAUCAGCUAGCUAGCUAUUUAUUGGGAAAUAUAUACCGGUCGGAUCAUGCUGUCCUCGAUCAUUUUAGAGGAUAGCUACUCCAAUAGGAAAGUUCUUCAUGCAGUUCGAAUUUUAAUUUAUUGAUGUAUAUAUAGCUUAAUUAGCUUCUUGUUGGAA